AGCAACAGGACUAUUUACUACGCACUAACAUAAACGCGUUUCGUUACCCAAGGUUCAGUGCGGGGAUUUCCAGGCGAACCGAAGGUCUUUGUGUCAGCAAUAAGGGAGAAAUGUGAGGUGUUUACGUGAAGUUGUACAAGCGAGGAUCGGCAGGGUGGAGGGUGCAGAAAAAGAAACUUUCGGCUAUUUUUGGUAGUUGGGCUGACUUACUACCAUUAUGGGCCAUGUUGAGAUACAAAGUUUACCUCAGACAUGCGUCAGAUGUGGCGUAGCGCUUCAAGCAGAAGAAGUCGUGAAGCCUGGUCACGGCAGAGCUGCCAAUAGCUGAUCCUCUGGGAUCACCUCCUCCUGAUGCUGCGUAGUUGAGCAGUUGCUUCCCUUUGUAGGGAAUCAAACAAAAAGCGGAAAUUACGUCGAAAAAAGUACAUGUAUAGGGUAGCAGAAGCAGGAAGUUUUAGAAAUAUAUAUUAUCUUAACCAUCUAUUAUCAUGGGAACUCAGCAGUGCAAGGGUGACAUCUUGGUAAACAGAAGCCAGACAAAAAGCUUGGAGUGGAUGAUACUUCCCUCUCUAAAGACGUGAUACGAUGAGUCAUUAUUGCCUGCGUAUGUCAUCAGGAUCAUUCAGGACAUAAAAAGAAGAUCAAAAAAUAAAAACAAAAAGUUUUUGGAAUCUUGUAGUGAGAAAAAGUGAGAGACUUGUAGAUGUUAUUAAGUGUGAUGGAAAAGUCCAACACUUGUGCCCAGUGGGGGAUCAUUGAAUCACAGAUUCUAGCAGACAUUCUGCGUGACACCUCAGGAGUACAAAAGUUGCUGUUGAUUGACAGUCGUUCUUUCCUCGAGUUCAACACCUGUCACAUCCAGCAGUCUGUCAACGUGUGCUGCUCCAAACUCGUCAAGCGCCGAUUACAGCAAGACAAAGUACAUAUCAAAGAUCUCCUCAGUCACACUUGCCACAUCGACGUUGACGAGGCAUAUGAUGUCAUCGUGUAUGACCAGUGCUCAGAGAACACCACCAUGCUGACGGAUGAUGUCUUCAUCGUGGUUCUGCUGCAGAAGCUGGCCCUCACAUUCAAAAGUGUCACCCUCUUAAAAGGUGGAUUUUUAGGGUUCCAAGCUAUGUACCCAAACCUGUGUGAAAGUAAAACCAACAACAACUACAAGCACACUCCGUUGACAUCAUUGUCUCAGCCGUGUCUGCCUGUCAGUAAUGUGGGCCCCACCCGGAUAUUGCCGUUCUUGUACCUUGGCUCCCAGAGGGAUGCCCUUUCUCAGGAAACAGUACAGGUUAAUGGUAUAUCCUACAUUCUGAAUGUGAGCACAGCAUGCCCUAGGGCACCGUUCAUUCAAGAUGGCCACUUCCUGCGCAUUCCAGUCAACGACAACUACAGCGAGAAAAUGCAGCCUUUUUUUAACGAAGCAUUCCAGUUUUUAGACACAGUUCGGAACUCGAACGGGUGUGUUUUGGUGCACUGUCUGGCAGGGAUUUCUCGCUCGGCUACUCUUGCGAUCGCUUACAUCAUGAAAAACUUGAACAUGUCAUCAGAUGAUGCUUACAGAUAUGUGAAGGAGAAACGGCCGACAAUAUCACCAAAUUUCAACUUUCUGGGUCAGCUGUUGGACUUCGAGAAACAGUUGAGGAGAGAAGGGAAACAGGAGAGUCAGAUUCCCCACACUCAGAUGGACCUACGCAUGCCUUCCUCCCCAGUGGCCAAACCCUUGCGUACUAUUCAUUUCACACCAGACCGGCUUGUCCAGUGUAACAGACUGAUCUCCAGCUGUAGCAUAUCGUCAUUCCCCGUGUCGAAAUCGUCUGUGUGUGCAGCUUCCCCGCAGUCUGCGAUGUUAGUGGCGGGGGGCAGUGAGGCCUGGGCAGCGUCUGUGUGCAAGGGGGAGGAAGCCAUUCCAGACAGCGCCACAUCUAAGCCACCAUUCCCCUCACAUAAGCAGGCAGACAUGGAGACGGACUCUGGCAAAGCUCACUCAUCCAAAGGCAUUCCAACCAGUCCAUUGCCCAUGUCAUUACAGAUUAAAUCGAGCACAGUCACGCGAAGCCUGCCAAAAAACUCACAUGCCCCAAAACGGGCAACCUUCUUGGCUUUAGGCAACUCUGCGCUGACUAAAAAUCAUCAGAACUUGCCUCAAACGGGGGUGUUUGCGCAGUCUGCCUCUCAGCAGUCGGGACAGUUGGCACCGUGUUCCUAUUGUCCCACAGCCGACACUCAGACGGUGCACAAUGCCCAGUCCCCUACUACAGCGCUGGCCAGGCUCAGCUUUGUCUCGCCCACUAAAGAAUCCAAGUCUCAUAUUUCCAUGGAAACACAGAUGCAAUUGUGCAAGUUUCCCACUACCUCAUUAGAUAAACUUAACUUUACUCCAUGUUUUGUCAAAGAGGAUGGACACUCGCGGAAAAAGUCUGGUGCCACGAAGCGGCCACUGAGCGCUAGUGUUGUGGAGGAACAGACUUGUGACACGCUUAACUCCCCGACCAACAGCACGGCCAGUUCCUCCGGUUCAUCGGCCUCCCCAGUAUCAGGCCAAACCAAAGUCGUGCUUCGCUCGCGAGACAAUAAGGCAAAGCGUGCCAUGGUCAGACCAAACAGUAUUGCAUUCUCCUCGUACCCGACCUUUGACCUGGGCUCGGAUUGUCAGAACUCUCCGUGCUCCAGCAGCAGUACCUCCCAGGACGACUCUUCGGAAGCUUAUGGCAGCAAAAAGUUGCGACCUUGCUACUCGGACCACUAUGUUCCUCGGGGAUACUCGGAAAAACACUUGUACAAACAAAUCACGGCCGCUAUGGAGAGCGCCAUGAUUAAGACGCAGGCGUACGGCGAUUCCAGUCGCAAAGCACGCAGCCUUGACGACAUUCUUAACUCAGGCGAUGAAGAGGCCAUGGAAACGGACUGUAACUGUAACUCAACGAUGGGUAAACUCCCCAGAUGCUGCGGACCCCGUAAAGAUCUCUACACACCCACGCCAAUGUUUGACGGCUUACCGUGCCUGUGUCGAACAACAUCAGACCCAUAUCAGUCAAACAGUAGUAUAUCAUCGAGCGGCAGCCAUGGCUCUCUGCACGGGAGUCUGGAGAUUAUACAGGCUCCGUGAUGCGGCGGUAAGUGACGGAGCAGGGUUUUCUCUGUGUUCCCCAUCCUCUAGACAACUCUCAGGACCCUCUCUCUCUUCUAGUGCCUUACAUCAUCUCUGUUUAGACCUAGGUGUUUAUUUAUUCACCUCAUCACCAUUACAGAGCAGAUUUGUUAAUUAUUAUACAUAUACCAGUUAUAUAAAGAAAAACAGGUACUCUCAAAUCUCUGGGUUGAAGUCUUUUUUUUUUGAACACGUCAUGGUUGUAAUUCGUUAUAGAGGAAGUAUAUUGUCAGUUUAAUGGGAUAGCUGCAUGGCUUUGCAAUACUAAAGAUAGAAUAAUGAAUGGCGAAGAUGUAGCAGUUUAAAUUGUCUCUGUGGGUGUUGACCUUUAGUGUUAGAAUGAGAAUAAAGUAGGGUUAAGAACUUCCUGCAUACAUUUAUGUGUAAUAAGGUAAAUUUUAUUAAAAUUUUAUUAAAGAAAGAGGGGAAUAAUUAAGGGUGUCCAUGAAUAUCUGUGUAAUUGUUUAUCUUAGUCUUACCUUCAUUUCUUCAUGUUUUCUUUUCCUUGUUUUAUUUAACAUUUUUGGUCUUUUGAUGGCAAUUUGCUGAAGAUCUUUGGUUUAUUAAAAAGUAGGUUUAUGACUUUUAAAACCUUAUUUAAUUUCAAGGAAGAAAAAAAGAUUAUCUGUGCUUCACCCUUUGUGUCGAUAUUUGUUUCAUUUAAGGUCACUUGUUUUUAUCCUCACCUGCUCCGUAUGUGGUAUAUUUUUUUUAAAACAAGUGUGAUUUUUUCCUAUUAAGUAAGGUUGAAAUUACCUACACAUUGAACAGACAUACAUAUGUUCAUUAUUUCUUUUUUUAAAUUUUUUUAUUUUAAUAUUGUAAAACUUGAAUCAGUUGAAAAGCUACAAAGCCAACCAGGACGUGUUGCAAACAGUGGCAGUAUUGGGAUUCAAUGCCAUGAUGUGUUAAUAUAGCUGAUGUAUUUUCUGUCACAGCAGUACAGUAGAACCAUUGCAAGAUGUACAUGUGGUAUUUUUUUAAGUAUUCAUGUGGUUGAAUGAAAGCACAAGUAUGUUUCUUGGUGUACAUGAAGAAAUUAGUGACUGAAGUUAUCAAAAUCAUCACUGAAAAAGAGACGUUAUUUCUGAAAUCAGCUGCAAUGAUGAUGACAGUCAUAUCCAAUGUUGUUGUUGUUUUUAAUAUUCUAAUGUAUUGUACAUAAACUCAUUCCCCAUAUUACAUAGUGUGUAUGGUUUGCAUUCUGAUGGUUCAUGGUGUGUAAGUUACAUCUCCCAGAUAUACAUAAAUAAUAACAUUACAGAAAGUAGAUGCCAGACUUCACUUUCGUGUAAGGCUUAUAAAUGAUAAUUGCUUUGGCAGUUUGUGAGAAAUGUUUCAUUGUAUGGUAUGGAUAUCUUCAUUUUGGUUAGAUCAGAUUGCUAAUUAAUUGCCCAUCUGGACAGUCCAUAAAAAAAAAAUUACCAUCCAUUGUGUAAAGAUUAGCCACUCAUUAGAAGCACAUUUUUGUAUGUUGUCUGGAAAAUAGAGAGAAUAACUUUUUAUGAAUUUCUUCUAAAAUUGUGGCUGAACCUAAGAAAGCACCCUGCACUUUUAUGUUGCAUACAUGUAAGUACAGAUUGACUGUGAUAGGCUUAGUCGGGGACACAGAGGGUGGGGUUGGGGGCGGGGGGAGUGUAUGACAGUGA